GAAGCCUCCCGGACCAACUUAAGAGAAGUACUGAGCAAGCGCAUGAGUUCCAUUAACCACGCCCUCCGGAGCUGCCGGAGCAGGCGCAAUUAGUAGAAGGCGUGCUUGUGUGAUUACAGUCCACUUUACCUUUAACAGAUUUGGUUGUCUGGACUCUAGCUCAGGUUCUUUUACCCCUGUCUUGUUGGAAGUCACUUUGCCUAGAGUAGAAGUUGUUUGCGGGAAAAAAUUUGCUCCUCCCAUUAAGUAACCACUUUGCUCUCUGAGGCGGAACGUGUCAUUGAGGCAGCGAGUCCUGACAGAUAUGGAAAAAAUAUGGCACAUUGUAGAGAACAUCUACACUCCGCCAACUCAGUCACAAUGCAAAAAUUACACAAAAAUAAAAUGUUCACUUGUUACAUACUAUGUGCUUUAUAAAACAUACAAGUAGUUUUAUUUUCCCAUACCAAUGAGAACAGCACUUCUAUCUAUUAACAAGGACCUAUAGUAAGACGCAGCGCGUGCGCGAGCCACCUGGCGCUGUAAAGCGCUUGGAGGCCGGAAUAACGACCUGCCUUACGCUUUGCGGCUAUUGUGGGAGAGGCAUCUGGGCUCGGACUGGGGCCGCCAUGGGGAAGGUGAAUGUGGCCAAGUUGCGUUACAUGAGCCGAGAUGACUUCAGGGUCUUGACCGCGGUUGAAAUGGGCAUGAAGAACCAUGAAAUUGUUCCCGGCAGUUUGAUUGCUUCUAUAGCCAGCCUUAAACAUGGUGGCUGUAAUAAAGUUUUAAGAGAAUUAGUGAAACAUAAACUCAUAGCUUGGGAGCGUACCAAAACUGUCCAGGGCUAUCGGUUGACAAAUGCAGGAUAUGAUUACCUAGCUUUGAAAACACUUUCUUCUAGACAAGUGGUUGAGUCUGUUGGAAACCAGAUGGGUGUUGGCAAAGAAUCAGAUAUUUACAUUGUUGCAAAUGAAGAAGGACAACAAUUUGCAUUAAAGCUUCACAGACUAGGAAGAACCUCGUUUCGAAAUCUGAAAAACAAACGUGAUUAUCAUAAACAUAGGCACAAUGUGUCUUGGCUUUAUUUAUCUCGUCUCUCUGCCAUGAAGGAAUUUGCCUAUAUGAAGGCAUUGUAUGAGAGGAAAUUUCCAGUUCCAAAGCCAAUUGAUUACAAUCGUCAUGCAGUGGUCAUGGAACUCAUAAAUGGUUAUCCACUAUGUCAGAUACACCAUGUUGAAGAUCCUGCAUCAGUAUAUGAUGAAGCUAUGGAACUAAUUGUCAAACUUGCAAAUCAUGGGCUGAUUCAUGGAGAUUUUAAUGAAUUUAAUCUCAUUUUGGAUGAAAAUGACCAUAUCACCAUGAUUGAUUUUCCACAGAUGGUUUCAACUUCUCAUCCCAAUGCUGAGUGGUAUUUUGAUAGAGAUGUUAAAUGCAUUAGAGAUUUCUUCAUGAAACGUUUCAGCUACGAAAGUGAGCUUUUUCCAACCUUUAAGGAUAUCAGGAGGGAAGACACUCUUGAUGUGGAGGUUUCUGCCAGUGGCUACACAAAGGAAAUGCAGGCAGAUGAUGAACUGCUUCAUCCAUUAGGUCCAGAUGAUAAAAAUAUUGAAACAAAAGAGGGAUCUGAAUUCUCAUUUUCAGAUGGAGAAGUGGCAGAAAAAGCAGAGGUUUAUAGGUCGGAAAAUGAAAGUGAACGGAACUGUCUAGAAGAAUCAGAGGGCUGCUAUUGCAGAUCAUCUGGAGACCCUGAACAAAUAAAGGAAGACAGUUUAUCAGAAGACAGUGCUGAUGCACAGAGUUUUGAAAUGACUGAAUUCAAUCAAGCUUUAGAAGAAAUAAAAGGGCAGGUUGUUGAAAACAACUCUGUAACUGAAUUUUCUGAGGAGAAAAACAGAACUGAAAAUGACAACAGGCAAGAUGCUCAGAGAGUGCAAGGAGGAGUCCCUGCUGGCUCUGACGAGUAUGAAGAUGAAUGCCCUCAUCUAACUGCCUUGUCGUCAUUAAAUAGAGAAUUCAGGCCUUUCAGAGAUGAAGAAACUGUGGGAGCUAUGAAUCAGUAUAGAACAAGAACUGUGAGUAUCACUUCUUCAGGCAGCGUUGUAAGCUGUUCAACAAUUCCUCCAGAACUGGUGAAACAGAAGGUGAAACGUCAAUUGACAAAACAGCAAAAAUCAGCUGUCAGACGUCGAUUGCAGAAAGGAGAAGCAAAUAUAUUUACCAAGCAACGUAGGGAAAACAUGCAAAAUAUCAAAUCAAGUUUGGAAGCAGCUAGCUUUUGGGGAGAAUAAUAUAUUUAGGAUCUUGGAUAUGUUUAAUAUAUUUUUUAAAGUUACUGUAAUUCCUUUUUGAGCCCUCAUUUGUCUUUUCUGAGCCAAGGCUAUCAUAUAUUAAUAAAUAAAUAAACCCUCUUUCAUCUAUAAA